CUUCGUGUCGCUUUUAGGGUUUUAGCAAACAAAAGUCUCGCGCAACUUCCUCUCAUAGCUCAUUAGGAGAAACCUUCUGUUCUCUCUUCUUUGUGUUUCGUGGUGGGUUUUGAUUUGAACUCUGUAGCAGAAGCAGAGAGAUGGAGCACGGUUCGUUCACGAAUGAUAGUGAUGCUUCCUUUACUCUUGCGGAAGAAGACCACACACUUGCUAACGCCGUUCGUUUCAUGUUAAACCAAGAUCCGAGAGUAACAUUGGCCGGGUACAGCAUCCCACAUCCUUCCCUUGAAUGUGUCAAUGUCCGAGUCCAGACCACAGGCGAUCCGGCGAGGGAGGUACUGAAAGAUGCUUGUCAAGAGCUCAUGCUCAUGAACAGACAUGUGAGGAGUGUCUUUGACAAGGCGGUUUCAGAGUUUAAGGUUGAACAAGCGCGUUUGGCCGCAGAGGAGGAGGAGAAGAAGAAGGCUGAAGAAGAAGCGAUUAAGAAGCAGAGGGAUCUACUCGCGUCCAUGGAUAUUGAAAGCGAUUGAUUUUAGGGGGAAACAAAAACAUUUUUAUUCUCUAUAGCGUUUUUUCUUUGAUUUGUAUCCUUUACAUUUGUCAGACGACUCGUAAUUGACUAAUAUUAUUGUCAAAA